AUGGCAGACAAGCCAGACAUGGGGGAGGUGCAGAAGAAGAAGAAGAUGGGGGUGCAGAAGAACACCCUGCCCACCAAAGAGCAGACCAUUGAAUAGGAGAGGCGGAGUGAAAUUUCCUAA